CGAAGUCAUCAUAAUGCUUGUGAUCCACAUUUGCUGUGGAUUAGAAAGCAUUUCAAGGGCACGAGAAGCCAAACAUGUUGCCGAGUGCGGCAAGCGAAUGUCGCCCUCGCCUCAAUGUGCUCGCACACCCGAGCCCGAGCUAGAGCUCGAGCAGGAGCCGGAGCGCUCGGCUGCACUGUAAAAACAUGGCUGCGAGCGAGCGUGCAGUCACCGUACGGAAGUGAGUUUUGGGUCACACCUAGGUCUCGGUUGAGUAGCAACCGGUUCCUGCUGCACAUGCCAAGCAAGGACGCGGGGAUCCGAGCCCCAGUACUCGGGAUGCACGCCACGCCACCCCGUGGAUGUCACGUUGACGCUAGGCCCCAAUGGAAGUGUGGAGACGAAAGUGGACUCAAAAGUGCCCACGUUCCGCCACAGUGGAGAGUGCACCAGGAUGAGGAGAUUGUAGGCAGCCGCCGUAGUAUGGCCGCGUCCCGUUCCUCGCGCGUCACAAGGUCAUCGGUGGGGCUCAAUGGAUUGGACGAGAACUUUUGUGGGCGCACGCUCAGGAACCGCAGCAUCGCCCAGCUGGAAGAGUCGGCUGUGUCUCCGCUGCCCAGGGCUCGCUCGCCCAAGAAGAGGCAGGAGUCCCGGCAGGACUCCAGGCAGCUGGCCAAACAGGACAUCAAGACGCUGUCCAAGCAGAAGGAGAAGACCAAGCAGGAUGCUAAAGAGGACACUGACAACCAGUCGCUCCAGGACUCAGAGCGGCAGAUCUCGUCGGAGGGACGGUUAAAGGACUCAAAGGACUGUAAUAGUUCUCCGGCGGGCGAGCAGGACUUUGUGGCCGGUCUUCGCAAACGGAGCGGCUCGUGUCUGGAAAACGACGUCAGCCCCCAAAAGUCGGAACAUUGCGAUCAAGGGAACGGGGUGCCGGAUGCUCCUCCUUUAAUCAAAAGAGCCAAGCGGUGUUCCCGAGUCGGGGAAUCUCGGGAACGCGAGGAGGACGCCGGGAGCCCCGAGUGUCCCGUCUCUCUUCCUGAACCUUGCGAGGGGAACGCUCGGGUAGACGUUCCCGCCCGGAACUCCGACUUAGCUCCCGACUCACCUGUCCUCAAGGAAGAGAAAGGGGAGCUGGCCAAAGAUGGCCGGGUGGAGCACGAAGGGGCGCUGGAGUCCCCCAAUGCUCAUAAGGCCUCAAACGGGCUCGGGGACAACACAGCGGAGAACCUCGCCGAAGAGUCUUCGAGCCCAGUCUCCGCCGUCGGCUACCCGUCGCUGCUCAACGGCGGCCGGGCCGAGGCGCCCCCCUCUGCCCGCCCCACGGUGCCUUGUACGAACUCUAGUCCGGCGCGCACGGAGGUCGCCGCCUCAGCGGAGCCGCCCGCUUGGUUCUCCCCGGCCCCUCCGGAGGAUCCGCUGCCUGAGCUGGUGGUGGCCGGGGAGCAGGAAGUGGAGGAUGUAGAGGUGGACGUGGUGGGUGACCCCCUUUGUUUGGCCGGCGAGGAGCAGGUGAUGGACAGCGAGGGCGACGGAAAUGGUCGCCCGCAUACGCCGGUGCCGGACACCGCCGCCGCCGCUUCGCCUUCCCCCGCCGCCUACAACAGUAACUCAGGAGAAACAACACCCCCGCUGGCGACGAGCCCGCCGCCGCCCGCCGAGCCCGGGCGCACGCCCCUGUCUUUUGUCGAGCUCUACGAACACAGGUACACCCUGCGGACUUCGCCCCGCAAGGCCAAGGCCUGCUCUCCACCUCGAGACGCCGCCGCCCCGAAGGAGGACGGGGAGGCGUCGGAGGGGAUGGACGAGGACUUUCUCGCUCCUUCAGACUCUUUGUGUCGCCCUGACCACCACGAGACCACCCGCGCGGAGCCCGGAGACGAGACGGGCCGCGGCGGCGGCCCUGUGGUGCCCGGAGACGUCGGCAACGAAGCGGUGUGCAGUCACGCCACAGAGGAAGAAGAAGAGGAAGAGGAGGAGCCAGACGUGUAUUACUUUGAAUCCGACCACCUGGCUCUGAAACAUAACAAAGAUUACCAGAGGUUGUUGCAGACAAUUGCCGUUCUUGAGGCCCAGCGCACGCAGGCCAUCCUGGACUUGGAGACGUUGGCGCGGCACCGAAGAGAGGCCCUGGCUGACCCCAUCACCUUUGCGGAGCAGCUGCAGAAGAGGGUGAAUCUGGGACUGCCGUGUCCCCAGCGUGUCGUUCAGCUCCCGGACCUGGCGUGGGAGCAGUACACCUCUGGCCUCGGGGAUUUCCAGAGGGAGUUCUGCGACAAGAAACGGAAAACCAGGCGGCUCAAGCUCAUCUUUGACAAAGGUUUGCCCGCCCGACCCAAAAGUCCCGUCGAGCCCAAGAAAGACUGUGAAGCCUCCACCUUGUACUCGUCACUCCCUACUAGUGACGCCCCAGAGAAUGGCAGGCAGACACAGAUGAUCCGGGGUAGGCUUUGUCACUCCAGCAAGCCCGACACCUUUAACCAGCUGUGGACGGCGGAUGAGCAGAAGAAACUGGAAGAGCUGCUUAUCAAGUUUCCUCCUGAGGAGGUGGAGUCCAAAAGGUGGCAGAAGAUCGCAGACGAGUUGGGCAACCGGACGGCCAAACAGGUUGCUAGCAGGGUGCAGAAGUACUUCAUUAAACUGACAAAAGCUGGAAUCCCCGUGCCCGGAAGGACCCCCAACCUGUACAUGUACACUAAGAAGGCGACCAGCAAGCGGCAGCACCACCUCAACAAACACCUCUCCCGGCCCUCCACCUUCCUCACCUCCUACGAGCCUCCCGUCUUCAUGGAUGACGAUGACGACGACGACGACGAGCGGGUGGCGUUCUACGGCGCCAUGCACGAGCCCGCAGACGACGACUCGGACGACGAUGGCAUCCCCGUGGACCUGCGUAAUCUUCCAGAGUACAAAGAGCUGCUGGAGCUGAAGCGUCUGAAGAAACAAAAGCUUCAGGAGCUCUGCGAGGACAAGGCCGGUGUGCGACACUUGGGAUACAAGUGCGACGUGUGCGGCGUGGAACCCAUCCAGGUGUGCCGCUGGCACUGUCAAGAUUGUCCCCCGGACAGCACCGUGGAUUUCUGCGCCAACUGUUCAGACUGCUUGUUCAAGACCGAGACCCACAAGCCCAAUCACCACUUGGACCCCGUGUACCAGCCCGACACUUUACUGGACCGCGACUACCGCCUGCCACAGAGCACCAGCUACAACUACCUGGAUCCCAACUACUUCCCGGCCAACAGAUGACAGACGAGCGGCAGGCGCCCGUAGCUCCACCACACGCACACGUUCUCUUUCUUUCUCUCCCUUCUCUCCAGCGCGCAUGGCUCCAUCGCUCAAGCCAUGCCGGCACGCCAGCGGGCGGAGGAGGGGGAGCAGAGCAGAGCAGCUCCGCUGCCGCCGAGUGGCCGGCCGGC